GUUACCGCCGAGCGGGUGAAAGUUGUUGAACAAGCGUAUGCUAAGUAACAUUCUAUGUUAUGAGAGUUAAAGUGAACUAGUAUAUGAAGCAUGGGUAAUAUUAAGGAAACCUAAGAUUAAGGAAAAUUAAUUCAUUAUAGUGAACUAUAAAUUAUGAACUAAUUAGCAUUAUCCAUGAUUAGUGAUGCACUAUAUUGAUACAGUAUUUAAUGGUUAGUAGUGCUACGCACGUCUAACGUUUAUUAUGCAUGUCCUCAGGUUUGACCGAAUGCAAUAAACAAUUCGCGUCACCGUGCGUGUCAAAUCCUUUAGCUGCCUACAGGCAACUACAGUAACAUAUACAAGCUGUUAAGCAAUAAGGAAAACCAAAGAUGAGGAAACAUAUACAAGUUCAUAAGCAACAAAGUGAAUGUAACAUUUAUCAAAUAAUAAGCAAUAAAGGAAAGAUAUAUACCCAAACUACAACACAAAUAUAAGUAGCUUAGGCGUGUACGUAAUGAAGAGUGUGAGUGUACGUCUGUGAGUGUUCUUUUCGUCACGUCUUCUAACUCACGUCGAUGUAACCGAAUCCAGGCACCAUGAGGGAGGAUGGUUCCAACUGCGAGAAACGAGCGAGAUUGAUGAGGUGUGAAGAUGGAAGUCAGUAGUCAGCUCGGUUAGCUCGAUCGAGAUGCGACUCGAGAUGAGUUUCCAAAGCUUCGUCUUUAUUAUACCGCCACGGUGUGGUCGAGACGAUAUUCGAAGCCGAUGGUUAAUUGGAGAGCUUAGUUGUUCGCGAGGCGGGUACGAGGGCUGUAAUACCUCCCCCAUGAGGACGUCGACACCCGGUAACAAGAACCUUGUUGACGGUGGAGACGGGAGGAAAAUUGGAGAGGCCCUCGUCAGCAUAGAGAUGUGGGAGCCCGUUGCCUUGUGCUGCUUCACCAGGAGGACGGGAUGCCUUGUGCUGGGCUCUCUGGAAGUGAUUGGAGCCAUUCUUGGAUUCAUAAUGGCAGUAUUUUUAUUCGCAUUAGUAGAGAACAACAUGAUGGACAUGGUGUGCUCACAUACGACUGGCAUGGUGAAUAAAAAAUUUGGAGAGCAACUGUCGACAGUUGUUUAUGGUUUCCUCAUAGGACUGAUGAUCAGUUCCGUGAUACAGUGCGUCUGCUCCAGCAUGAUGAUCCAUGGAGUGAGAAAGAACAACCAUUGUCUCAUGGGUCCCUUCCUGAUCAAGAACCUUAUAUGCAUAAUCUUACACAUCACCCUCUGCGGUACUGUUGUCGCAUUCUUGAGUGUACUGAACUUAGUUUUGAUGAUCGUCUAUGCUUACUUUCACGGUGCAGUUAUCUUCAUGUGGACCUACUUCUUGCUAACCGUGAGGGCUUACUACCAUGAGCUGAAGCGUGGCAAACCAGACGACUAUCACCAGCUGACUGAAAAUUGUCAAACUGAAAACGGUCAGCCCAGUAAACUGUGAAAAGAUGUCGAGUAAUCGGAAUAAAACCAGAGGAUAUAUAUAUAUAUAUAUAUAUAUAUAUAUAU